AUGUUAAAAAUCCUAAUCCCAACUUUUCUUCUCAUUCCAACCACCUGGUGGACCCCUUCUAAAUGGAUUUGACAAGUUUCGGCUGCCCAAAGCCUCCUCAUUGCCACACUGAGCCUAGUUUGAAUAAAGAAGCCCUGAGAUACGACUUGAACCUACUUAAGUCCCAUUACAGGAGCUGAUGCUUUGUCCAGUCCCCUUCUUGUCCUCUCCUGCUGACUACUGCCUCUUAUAAUUAUUGCCAGCCAAAACCACAUAUCCUCUGAACCAGCCCACCGUCAACGACUCUACAUCUCGCUAAUAAUUACCCUUCAAUUCUUUUUAAUCCUUGCUUUUAGUGCAACAGAAGUAAUCAUGUUUUACGUUAUAUUUGAGGCCACUCUUAUUCCAACCCUAUUCCUCAUCACCCGCUGAGGAAACCAGGCAGAACGCUUAAAUGCAGGAACCUAUUUCCUUUUCUACACCCUGGCUGGCUCCCUCCCCCUUCUAGUGGCCCUCCUCCUCCUUCAAGCCUCCUCUGGGUCCCUUUCAAUCCUUACGCUCCAGUAUAUAAAACCCUUCAUUUACCACUCUUACGCCGACAACUUCUGAUGAGCUGCAUGUCUUCUGGCAUUUUUAGUAAAAAUGCCCCUCUAUGGAGUCCAUCUUUGGCUACCCAAGGCCCACGUAGAAGCACCCAUUGCUGGGUCUAUAAUCCUUGCCGCCGUCUUACUAAAACUAGGGGGCUACGGAAUAAUACGAAUCCUUAUUAUUCUUGACCCCCUGACAAAAGAGCUUAGCUAUCCAUUUAUCAUCCUUGCUCUCUGGGGAGUUAUUAUAACUAGCUCAAUCUGCUUACGACAAACCGACCUGAAAUCACUAAUUGCCUACUCCUCCGUAAGCCACAUAGGACUAGUGGCAGCAGGCAUCCUCAUUCAAACACCCUGAAGCUUUACAGGAGCAUUAAUUCUCAUGAUUGCCCACGGACUGACCUCAUCUGCACUUUUCUGCCUUGCAAACACCAACUACGAACGAACUCACACACGAACAAUAGUACUAGCCCGAGGACUACAAAUGGCCCUUCCUCUAAUAGCCGCAUGAUGAUUUAUUGCCAGCCUAGCCAAUCUUGCACUUCCCCCGCUUCCGAACCUCAUGGCAGAAAUGAUGAUCAUUGUAAGUAUGCUCAACUGAUCGUGAUGAACAAUCGCUCUCACUGGGACAGGAACCUUGAUCACAGCGGCCUAUUCUCUCUACAUAUUUUUAAUGACACAACGAGGACCCCUCCCUCCCCACAUUAUCAAUCUCCCCCCAUCAUUCUCCCGAGAACACCUCCUCAUAGCCCUACACCUCCUCCCGCUUCUCGCCCUUAUCCUCAAGCCAUCCCUAAUCUCGGGCCCCCUCGCAU